AAAAUGAAGUCUAUUAACUAUGGGUAUCUGCUCCUUUUGAUAAUUAUAGCUUUUGCCUGUUUUCAAUCAGUUCAAGCUCAAUCUCAACCAGGAUUUAUUAGCUUGGAUUGUGGAUUAGUCCCUAAAAACACAAGCUACACCGAGAAGACAACGAAUAUAACAUACAUAUCAGACGCCGAUUAUAUCGACAGCGGAUUAAUCGGGAGUAUCAAUGAUUCAUGCAAGACAGUGUUACAGCAACAGACUUGGACCGUAAGAAGCUUCCCUGAAGGUGUAAGAAACUGUUACAACUUCAAUCUUAAAGCUAAUCUCAAAUAUCUGAUUAGAGGAACUUUUGUCUAUGGGAAUUAUGAUGGUUUGAAUCAAAUACCCAAGUUUGAUCUUUACAUUGGUCCUAAUAAAUGGACUUCUGUUAUAUUGGAAGGAGUAGCUAAUGCUACGAUCUUGGAGAUGAUCCAUGUCUUACCACAAGACCGUCUACAAGUUUGUCUUGUCAAAACAGGGACAACGACACCGUUUAUAUCGGCGUUAGAACUUCGUCAGUUGGACAAUAAUACUUAUGUUACCAAAAGUGGAUCGUUGAUGUCUUUCGCCAGAAUUUACUUUCCAAAGACUGCAUCGUUCCUAAGGUAUGAUGAAGACUUGUAUGACCGAGUUUGGGUUCCAUUCAGCCAAAAUGAAACGGUUUCGUUAAGCACCGAUCUACUGGUCGAUACAAGUACCAAUUCCUACAAUGUGCCUCAAAAUGUGGCGAAUUCCGCAAUUACUCCUUCGAAAGCUACUCUUCCGCUCAGCAUAUGGUGGGAUCUCCAAAACAUCAAUGCACAGAUAUAUAUAUACAUGCAUUUUGCAGAAAUCCAGAAGCUUAAAUCUAACGAGGCAAGAGAGUUCAACAUUACUUAUAAUGGUGGUCAGGUUUGGGAAAGUUACUUUAGACCUAACAAUCUCAGCAUUACAACAAUCUUUAGCGAAACAGCAAUGAGUUCUCCAGAUGGGUUUUUCAAUUUCACUUUUACAAUGACCAAAAACUCUACUCUUCCUCCACUUAUCAAUGGCCUUGAGGUUUAUACCGUUGUAGAAAAUUUACUGCACGAGACAUACCAAGAUGAAGUUUCUGCUAUGAUGAACAUCAAGAAAACAUAUGGUUUGAGUAAAAAGAUAAGUUGGCAAGGAGAUCCAUGUUCUCCUAAAAUAUAUCGAUGGGAAGGUGUGAAUUGCAGUUAUUUGGACUCUAAUCAACCUCUGAUCACAUCCUUGAACUUGGCAGCAAGUCGAUUGACCGGUAUCAUAACACCUGAUAUAUCUAGUCUCAUACAAUUAAGGGAACUAGAUCUAUCAAAUAAUGAUUUAUCAGGAGGGAUUCCAAAUUUUCUAGCUGAUAUGGAGAUGUUGACACUAAUAAACUUAAGAGGAAACCCGAAGCUGAAUCUCACCAUUCCAGAUUCUAUUCAGGGAAGGAUAACGAACAAAUCUUUAACUCUACUUAUAGAUGAAAUCCCGAGUAGCAAAAAACCUCGUAUCAAGUUUCCUUUGGUUGCUAUCUUAGCUUCAGUGGCCUGCGUUAUCGCAUUUCUAGCUAUCUUUAUCAUAUGUUUCAUCUUUAGAAGGGAAAAACAGAGAGCUCCAAGUAAUGAGAACAGAUCAUCCAAUCAAUCAAUCGGAACAAAGGAGCGGAAGUUUACGUAUUCUGAGAUACUAAAGAUGACAAAUAACUUUGAGAGAGUUCUUGGUAAAGGAGGAUAUGGAAGAGUGUAUUAUGGAAACUUGGAUGACACUCAAGUAGCUGUAAAAAUGCUCUUUCAUUCAUCAGCUGAUCAAGAUUAUAAACAUUUCAAAGCUGAGGUUGAGCUUCUUUUAAGAGUUCAUCACAGACAUUUGGUGGGACUUGUGGGUUAUUGUGAUGAUGGAGAUAACUUGGCUUUGAUUUACGAAUACAUGGCAAAUGGAGACUUGAGGGAGAAUAUGUCAGAAAACCGAUGUGGACAUGUUCUAACUUGGGAAAACAGAAUGCAAAUAGCUAUGGAGGCAGCACAAGGAUUGGAGUAUCUACAUAAUGGAAGUAGACCACCUAUGGUCCAUAGAGAUGUGAAACCUACUAACAUUCUGUUGAAUGAGCUGUUUCAAGCGAAACUAGCUGAUUUUGGACUCUCUAGGUCUUCUCCCGUUGAUGGUGAAUCUUACGUAUCAACAAUCGUUGCAGGAACACCUGGUUACUUAGACCCUGAAACAAACUUGCUAAGUGAGAAGACUGAUGUGUACAGCUUUGGGGUAGUUUUGUUAGAAAUCAUCACAAACCAGCCUGUGAUUGAUUCAAACCGGGUGAAAGCGCAUAUUACAGAAUGGGUUGGAUUCAUGCUCAUGAAAGGGGACAUCAGGAAUAUUAUCGACCCGAAACUGAUGGGGGAAUUCGAUACAAACGGUGUGUGGAAGGCUGUGGAGUUGGCUUUGGCUUGUGUAAACCCUACCUCAAACCGUAGACCAACAAUGACACAUGCUGUGAUGGAGCUAAAAGAGUGUUUGGACUCUGAAAUUGCCAGGAAACAAGGGAGUCAAGAGAUGUAUUCAAUAAAUUCUAUUGAAUUAAGCUUCUCUCCUACUUCUACAUUCUCACCUGGACCGAGGUGA